AUGGGCGUCGGAAGAUUCGCCUGUGUGAUCCUGCCAUUCGGCCUCACACUGGCCAGCUUGAUCUGCAUCCUAAUCGCAAUGCUCGCCGGUAUCACCAACCACAGCCUCGACAUGUUCGACGUCGAUACCAAGAACAUGUCCAUCAGCACCAACGACCUAGCCAACCUCGAGAACUUAGCCAAACGCAUGGCUUCUCCCGAACCUGACACCCCCCUCUCCUACCUCACACAAGCCGCUCAAGGCUCAGCUACUACUCUCGCCGAGCACUACGCUUCCGGCACAAACCUCACAGCUACGGAUUUGGGACUCGCGGAUAGUUACAAAGUUAGCUUGUGGAAUUACUGCUCCGUAACAAGCGGCAAGACAAACUGCACAAAGGGCAAAUUCGACUGGGCAACCCACGCAACGAACAUCACUCUCCUUGAAUCCGUCGCCAACGCCGCAAGUGGCGUUUCCAACACCACAUUGCCUAAGACCCUCGCUGACUCCCUCAAAACCUUCGCCAAGGUAACCAAGUGGACAGAAGUUGUCUACAUCAUCGCCAUCAUCCUCGCAGGUGUAAAUCUCGUCUUAGGAAUCUUCGCAUUCUUCUCGCGCGUCGGUUCCUGCGUCACCUGGUUGAUCUCCGGUCUGUCCACAACCGCAGUCAUAGCAGCAUCCCUCAUGGCGACUAUCGAGUCCUCUGUUGUCGUAGCCGCUGUGCGCUCUACUGCCAAAGCCUACAACGUACAUGCAAGUCUCAACACGUCCUUCCUGGCCACCACCUGGUUGGCAUGCGCCUUCAGUAUCGGAGCGGGUCUAUUCUGGGCAUUCAGUAUGUGCUGCUGCGCGAGUGAUCACCACAAGAGCAACCGCAAGAGCGUGGGAGAUCAUGAGAAGCUUAUUCCAGGUGGAACUGGAUAUCAAAGGGUCGAUGAUACGCACCAUUUCAACAACGGCCAGCAGACGGGUGUGUUUAACACCGGUGUGCCAUUGAGGAAUGUGCAGCCGCAAGCUCACGGCGGUGCUUAUGAGCCUUAUUCCCAUGCUGCUAUCUAA